ACAACACAACAACGCAUUCAAAGCGGCAUCGCAUAUUGCAUAAAAAAUACUUAAUAAUUUUUUGUUUGAAAAAUUAUUAUUAUUAAGAACGCUUAUCAUUUGUGGUGCUUGUGUUAAAGCAUGCGGUUGUACACAUGUUGCGGCGCCCAAUACAAAUACUACGAAUUUCCUUAAUUAAUAUUUCACUUUUGAACAUUUUCAUCAGUUUGCCAGAGCCAAUUUAACGUUAACGUAUCUCAAGCCAAAUCUCGAUUUUUCCGCAAUAAAAAUAAGAAUUGUUUGAAUUUAAUUCAAUUGAAUCCAUUUCAUUUUCGUCGUGUAAUCAAUUUUAUUUACAACAUCAAAAAUGGAACCAACAAAUUUUGAUGCUCUCUUCAAUCUAGACGGAUAUUUAAAACCAUUUGAACAUGAAAUUCGUCGAAGAAACCAUUGCGUACGUGAAUGGAUCGAACGCAUCGAACAACAUGAUGGCGGACUUAAAGAUUUUUCGCAAGCCUACAAAUACUAUGGACUACAUUUUCAACAAGAUAAUUCAGUAAUUGCACGCGAAUGGGCACCAGGCGCCGUACAAGUUUAUCUCACCGGAGAUUUCAAUGGUUGGCAAUGGGAAGCAAAUCCAUUUAAAAAAUUGGACUUUGGCAAAUGGGAAAUAUAUAUUCCAGCGCGUCCAGACGGUUCAUGUGCCAUUCAACAUUUGUCAGAGGUCAAGAUUAUUAUUCGAACGCAGUCUGGUCAAUUAGUUAGCCGUUUAUCACCAUGGGCCAAGUAUGUUGUACAACCGCCAAAGGAGGCCAAUCAAGGCACAAACUACAAACAAAUCGUAUGGAAUCCACCGGCUCAUGAUCGAUUCCAUUUCAAAAAUCGUAAGCCAAACAAGCCGAAGUCGCUGAAAAUCUACGAGUGUCAUAUUGGUAUUGCAACCGAUAGAUUAGAAGUCGGUUCGUAUGACAAUUUCAGAGAGAAUGUUUUGCCCCGAAUUGUCGGCCAAGGAUAUAAUGCAAUUCAAAUUAUGGCUAUAAUGGAGCAUGCUUACUAUGCCAGUUUUGGAUAUCAAGUGACCAGUUUUUAUGCAGCAUCUAGUCGUUUCGGAACACCAGACGCACUAAAAAAACUGAUUGAUGAAGCUCAUCGCUUGGGACUGUUCGUUCUAUUGGAUGUGGUACAUUCGCAUGCCAGUAAAAAUGUCGAAGACGGUUUAAAUCAAUUCGAUGGCACGAAUUCAUGUUUCUUCCACGAUGGUCCACGCGGUGAACACAGCUUGUGGGAUAGCCGUUUAUUCAACUAUACUGAAUAUGAAGUGCUUCGUUUCUUAUUGUCAAACUUGCGCUGGUGGCACGAUGAAUAUAAUUUUGAUGGCUAUCGUUUCGAUGGUGUUACAUCAAUGUUGUACCAUUCGCGUGGUAUUGGUGAAGGUUUUAGCGGUGAUUAUAAUGAAUAUUUUGGAUUGAAUGUCGAUACGGAUGCCGUUAUUUAUAUGGCAAUUUCCAAUUAUUUAUUGCAUAAAAUUGAUAAUCAAAUCAUAACAAUUGCCGAAGAUGUAUCGGGUAUGCCAACUCUAUGUCGUCCAGUUACAGAAGGUGGUGUUGGCUUUGAUUAUCGUUUGGGCAUGGCCAUUCCCGAUAAAUGGAUUCAAUUGUUGAAAGAACAUUCGGACGAUGCAUGGGAUAUGGGUAAUAUUGUGCACACGUUGACAAAUCGACGAUGGAAAGAGAGCACCGUUGCCUAUGCUGAAUCGCAUGAUCAAGCAUUGGUCGGUGAUAAGACGCUUGCAUUUUGGCUGAUGGAUAAGGAAAUGUAUACGCAUAUGUCAAAAAUGUCGGAACCAUCGUUGAUUAUCGAUCGUGGCAUUGCAUUGCAUAAAAUGAUUCGUUUCAUAACGCAUUCAUUGGGCGGUGAAGCCUAUUUGAAUUUCAUUGGCAAUGAAUUCGGCCAUCCAGAAUGGUUAGAUUUUCCACGCACUGGUAAUAACGAAUCAUAUCAUUAUGCACGCCGUCAAUGGGCUUUGGUCGAUGAUAAACUAUUAAAAUAUGAAUUCCUCAAUAAUUUCGAUCGUGCCAUGAAUUUAACGGAUGAAAAAUACCAAUGGCUUGGCUCAAAUCCAGCCUUUGUCAGUUUGAAACAUGAAGGUGAUAAGGUGAUUGCAUUCGAACGUGCUGGCGUUUUGUUUGUCUUCAAUUUCCAUCCGACGAAAAGUUACACUGAUUAUCGUGUUGGUAUCGAGGAAGCAGGUGCUUAUCAAGUUGUUCUUAGCACAGACGAUUCCGAAUUUGGCGGCUUCAAUCGCAUCGACAAAAAUGUCAAACAUAUAACCGAUCCAUUGGGCUACUGUGGACGCAGAAAUUUCGUUCAAAUCUAUAUCCCAUCGAGAACUGCUGUUGCUUUAGCCAAAGUCUAAUAGAUCGCAAAGUGAUUCCAAAACGACUUCCAUUGUUAUUUUUAACUCGAAAAAUGAAGAAAGAAAUCUAAUUGUUAAUCGAAAACCGUUGUUUAAAAAAAAAAACACAUUUUUUGUAAUAAAAAAUAAACCAAAUUCCGUUUUCAACGGAAAAAAAUCAAA